AUGCAAAAUGUUCUUUCUGUCGAUGCAUCUGUUGAAAAACAGAAAGUCAAUGUGACGGUUGCCGACGACGUGGAGUUUGAUCUUGUAAGGCAGGCUAUUGAGAUGAGUGGGAAAAAGGUCAUUGAGGGGAGAAUCAUCGAAGACGAGACGGAUGGGAAGUGUUAA